AUAAAUGUUCAUCUUUGUAGAUCGGAAUGUGAGAAGUUUAACAUUGACCCGGACAUGUCGGAGGCUUGGAGCGAAGCCGAACUAAUUAAGACGGGUCUCACGACUCUUUGGACUCCCUUCGAACAAUAUAACGAAGAGUACGAGUCUCUCGCCGGACAGAAGUGGAUCGUGGUCCAGAGGAAGCUUCACCAGCUCGAUGACUUCGUGUCCAAGUGGGAAGGAGUGUUGGAACCGUUCACCUCCGUCACUUUAGUCAUCAAGAGAGAACUCGACAAGUACUCGGAACUAACGAUUGCUUUGAAAUAUCUGCGUGGAUCUGACUUCACGGAGAAACAUUGGCGAGAGGUGUUCGGCCUGCUGGGGAUGGAGUACGUUCCGGUCGAGGAGCUCACCCUGGGACGACUGCUGGCGGCGGGGCAGGACAUCAAGAAACAGAUGAAGACGCUCCAGAAAAUAAAUUCAUCGGCGUCGUCGGAGGCUGCCGUCCGAAAUGCCCUCAUCGAGUUAGAGUUGUGGUACGAGGGGGCGAGACUCACCAUAGAGUAUUACACCGACAGGGCCAAGAAAGACACGCCGCUCGUCAGAGACUACAAGGAACUGAUAGAAAAGGUAGAGGAGCAGCAGUGGGUGGUGGCGGGGCUGGGGGGCCGGGGGCAGGCAGCCGGCUGGGAGGGGACGCUGGCAGACGCGAGGGGGCUCCUCGAAGCGGCGCGGAGGGCCCAGCGCAGGUCGUACUUAAAGAUCGACGAGCCGGUUCAUGUUCAACAGCGGAUGUGUGGACGGAAGACAGGCGGCUGCUGGACGAACGGGCGGAGGGAGCGAGGAGCGAUGGUGUAUGAUGCAGGGACGAGGAGGAAGGAGGAGGCAGCCGACACGGUGGAACAGAUGUGUGCUAAUGAUUUUAUAGCGAACAGGCACAAAUAA